UUUUCUCUGAACAUUCGCAUAUAUAUGGUAUGUAUGUAUGUACACCUUUCUGUUCACUUCUUCAUUUUUCCCUCCUAUGCUCUGAUUUCGAAAGCAAAAAUCAACACUAGUCACUCUCACAUACAAACCCUAAUCUCAGCAUUUGCAUAUCUUUUGUUGUUUUCAGUGCAUUGAUUGAUUUGUUCUCAACUUAAUACAGUAAUGGCGACGGCGGUUUCACUACCAUCGGCGCAACCAGCCCACCAGAAUCAGUCGGUGACGGCGUCGCCACCUCAAACGCCGCAGGCGGCGCCGGGAGGGUUCGCCAAUGCGUCGCUGUACGUGGGCGAUCUCGAUGUCUCUGUGACCGAAGGACAACUCUACGAUGUGUUCAACCAGGUGGCGCCAGUCGUUUCGGUUAGGGUUUGUAGGGAUCACGCUAGAAGAGUCUCGCUGGGUUACGCUUACGUCAAUUUCAGUAACGCUCAAGACGCUGCUAAUGCCAGGGAUCUUUUGAAUUUUACACCCAUCAAUGGCAAACCUAUCAGAAUUAUGUUUUCUCAGCGAGAUCCUAGUAUCCGGAAAAGCGGACAUGCUAAUGUCUUCGUUAAGAAUUUGGACACAUCAAUAGAUAACAAGGCAUUGCAUGACACUUUUGCUUCCUUUGGCAAUGUGCUUUCUUGCAAGGUAGCCGUAGAUGGCAAUGGAAAAUCGAAAGGUUAUGGAUUUGUGCAGUUUGAUCAGGAGGAAGCUGCACAGAAUGCAAUUAAACAGUUACAUGGCAUGUUGAUAAAUGAUAAACAAGUUUAUCUUGGUAUUUUUGUUCGUCAUCAAGACAGGAACCAAUCAAAUGGAUCCCCAAAGUUUACCAAUGUUUAUGUGAAAAACUUUUCUGAAACAACUACUGAUGAGGACCUUAGGAAAUUUUUUGCAAAGUAUGGUACCAUUACUAGCGCAGUUGUUAUGAGAGAUGCAAAUGGAAAGUCCAGAUGUUUUGGUUUUGUAAAUUUCCAAAACCCAGAUGCUGCUGCUACUGCAGUUGUGAACUUGAACGGGACCUCUAUCAAUGAUGGCAAAGUUUUAUACGUGGGGAAGGCUCAAAGAAAAGCAGAAAGAGAGGCAGAAUUUAAAACCAAGUAUGAACAGGAAAGAAAUAAUACAUCAGAAAGCUUACAAGGCGCUAAUUUAUAUCUUAAAAAUCUUGAUGCCAGAAUAAAUGAUGAAAAACUGAAAGAGCUAUUCUCUGAGUUUGGGACUGUAACAUCAUGCAAGGUCAUGCUUGAUCCACAAGGGGUGAGCAAGGGGUCCGGUUUUGUGGCCUUUUCUACCCCAAAGGAAGCUGCAAGAGCUUUGUCUGAAAUGAACGGGAAGAUGAUUGGAUGGAAACCUCUGUAUGUUGCCGUUGCACAACGCAAAGAAGAAAGGAGGGCUCAAAUGCAGGCGCAUUUUUCUCACAUAGGAGCACCUGCUGGAAUGGCAUCUUUGCCUACAGGAAUGGCUGGAUUCUACCCUGGGCCACCUAGGCUUGCUCCUCAUCAACUUUACUUUGGUCACGAUACCCCUGGUCUGGUACCACCUCUUCCUGCUGGCUAUGGCUUUCAGCAGCAACUGUUUCCUGGAUUUUACUCGGGUGGAUCCCCUAAUUUCGUUUGGCCAUACCAAGUGCUAAGGCAUGGACAACCUGGUCAGCAGUCGGGCAUAAGGAGGGGUAGAAAUCCUCAACAGAUGCGGCAGCCGCAGGUGGUGCAUCAUCACAACUCCAACCAAAGCUUCAAAUACAUGGCCAAUCGAAAUGGCAUGCACCACCCAUCCAUGGUUCAUCGAGGUCUCGUGAGUCCAAUAAUGUCAUUGCCUCUUGAUGUUUCUGGGACGGCAACUUCAGCCAAGCGAUCUGGGCCAGAGGCCAUGUCAACACUUGCUUCUGCUUUGGCUUCUGCUACUCCAGAGAAUCAGCAGAAGAUGCUGGGUGAACAUCUAUUUCCUCUCGUACAGCGUCUCGGGCAUGAUAAUGCAGGAAAAGUCACCGGCAUGCUGCUGGAGAUGGACCAAACAGAGGUACUCCAUCUCAUUGAGUCUCCAGAUGCUCUGAAGAAAAAAGUUGCUGAGGCCACGGAUGUCCUUUGCUUAGCAGCAUCAGGAUCUAAUUGAGGCCGUCUGAUUCCUAAUUUAAGUUGAGAAACACAUUUUUUGACGUGGAUGUGGGGCCCAUUGUUUAGUUUUUGCUUCUUACAGGGCCAAUGAGUUGGUGAUUGUUUUUGGGGGGUUUUGUUCUAUACUAAUUUUAUCUUAGGCUUCUGACUUGGUGUGGACUUGUACUGAAGACUUGGGAAAAGCAGGGUGUUAUUAUCAUUUUUGUCUUUUUCAUUUUGUUUAGACUACAUGUCUUUUUGACUACUUAAUUCAGGUUUCAUGGUUUGUUUUGGGGGAUUUUU